AUGACCCAGAUGGGGACAGAGCUGCCGUGGAUUGGGUGCGGUUCACGCGCUGACAAUCCGCAAAGUAUCGUCUUCAUUCAUGGUUUGAUGGGGCACAGAGAAAACAGCUGGACCGCCGACAACAUGACCGAGCCGUGGCCCAAGAUGCUUCUGCCUUCGGAGUUGCCUAAUGCUCGAAUUUUAGCAUACGGAUACGAUGCACGAGUCACGAGCCCAAAGGAAAUGGUCUCAGUCAGCCGCAUCAGAGAUCAUGCAUCGACCUUUCUCACACGGCUCGCCAACUACCGGGAGAAGGAUGACAAGGAGAAGGGAGAAGCUAAGCCAAGCAGGAGCGCCCACUCAUAUUCGUGUGCCACAGUCUGGGAGGUUUGCUGUGUAAAGCAGCCUGAACCACACCUCAGCAGCGUGGCUGAGUCAACUCGCGGAAUCCUGUUUCUUGGGACUCCUCAUCACGGAUCGGCCCUCGCAGUAUGGGCAGAUCGCUUUUCUCGAUCAGUAGGAAUACUGAAGCAAACAAACCCCAACAUCGUUGAUUUGCUUCGCCCGGACUCGGAGGUUUUGGCCGAAAUCCAAGACAGCUUUCACACGAUGCUGCAACAAGUUGACAUUGAGAUUACCUGUUUCUUUGAGGAACUACCUCUGGUUGGCAUCGGCCUGGUCGUGCCCCAAGAUUCCGCAAUCAUUCCCGGGAAAGGCUGUUUGGGGAUACAUGGAAAUCACCGCUCGAUGGCAAAGUUCACUGGGCCGGUGGACCCUGGCUUCGUUGACGUCUGUGGUGAGCUUCGACGCUUCACCAAGUCUAUGAAUCGAUCCAAACCGAUCACCAGUUCGCCACUGAAUCCCCUGGUAUCAAGCUCUGGCCAAACUGGUACUACUACAGACCAGCAGCAUCAGGCUGGCAACGGUGUUAUUGUACCUUAUAGAAAGAACAAAAACUUUGUUGGCCGAUCUGACGUCUUCGAACGUCUAAAACGAACGUUCUGCCAUGGACCUCAGUACGAUAUAAACGACGCGGAGCCGAGAGCUUGCAUCUACGGUCUUGGAGGGGUUGGAAAAACACAGAUAGCUCUGUCUUAUGUGCAUUGGCUGCGGAAAUCGCGUCCUGAUAUGUCGAUUUUGUGGGUGUACGCCAGUAAUGAGGAUCGCUUCAAGCAAGCGUUCGCAAACAUUGCAGAGACACUCGGUAUACCCAAUCGCCAAAGUCCAUCAGUAAACAUCUUGACGUUGGUCAAGGACUGGCUCGAACGAAGUGACCAUGGGUGCUGGUUCAUGGUGAUCGAUAAUGCCGACAACCUGGAAUUAUUCUGUCCUCCGCCGUCCUUGUCCCAGCCUGGGUCAGAGUCAAAUGGAGGCUUGGCGCGGUUCAUCCCAGACUGCGACCAUGGCUCCGUACUCAUCACGACCAGAGAUAAGCAGACUGGGGUUAGGCUGUCGAAAGGCCACCAGCCUUUGGAAAUAGAGGCCAUGAGCAGCGACGAGUCUGCAGAAAUGAUUCGAAAGUCUACUCGGGACAGCAGUUCCCAGCUCAUCGACGCGGAUAUCCUGGCGCUUUCCAACCGCCUAGAGAACCUGCCGCUGGCACUAGCCCAGGCUGCCGCUUUCAUCCAGGAAAACAGCAUAAGCAUAGCACGCUACCUUGAGAUACUGGCGGAAAGCGACGAUGCUUUGCUCGGAUUGCUGAGUCAGGACUUCGAGGCUGUAGGACGGGAGUCUGGGAUUCCGCACGCAAUCAUGGCAACGUGGGCGGUAUCCUUUAAUGAGAUCCAAAGACGGGACCCGCUGGCAGAUCAGUUGCUGUCAUUCAUCACGUCAUUCGACCGGCAGGCCAUUCCACGACAGCUUCUAACGGCGUAUAUACAAAGCCUGCCUGCGAAGGACGCAAGUAUGCUCCUUGAUAACGACAAAUGUGUCGCAAUGAGGGGGGCGUUGGAAAAUGAGAAGGAACACAGGGAGAUCACGCAUUCAAGCAUGAUCAGAAAGAAAGUUGACCGCGGCUCAUGUCCUAGUGUCAGAAAUGAAGGUAAAAGUAAAAUAUCUUCAGUUGAUCUCGAGAAAGCACUUGGACUUCUCAAGGCGUUCUGUUUUGUCUCUGAGAGCAAAGACCAGAGCAUCGACAUGCAUCGGCUCAUACAUCUGGCUACCAAACGCUCGCUGGAUGAGAAAGAUAUGUCGGCACAUUUUGCCGGGAAGGCCCUCCAGGCACUUUCUAUGGUAUUUCCCACCGACGCCCCGGUCAACUUCGAACUGUGUAGCAAAAUGAUACCCCACGCUGGUUCUGUGCUGGGAAGCAAAAUCGAAGACACACCCCAAAAUAAUUCGUCCAAGGCCUUACUAAGAGGGAAUGUCGCAUGCUUCUACGGUAGUUUCGGGCAGCACAACAUUGCCGUAGAGCACCUGGAGAUAUCUCUCAGAGAAGCCAAAUACGAGCUCGACGAGAAGCACCCCCAUGUUUUGGGGAACAUGCAACUAUUGGCUUCUUCGCUUGGGGAGCUUGGGCGAACAGAGGAGGCGAAACGAAUCAUCUCCAAAGUCAUGGUCUUGCAGGGGGAGAUGUACCCACAUAACCAUCCUGCGAUAAUUCAGUCCUUGGGGAUAUAUGCCUCUCUAUACCAUGCUGAGAAGAACCUUGAGGUGGCGAAAGGCUUGCUUAAAACAGCGUUCCAUCGCUGCGAGACCGUUCCUGGUGGUGUUCAUGUCUUGCAAGCAAAGAUAGUGUCGGACCUGGGGAAGGUCUUGAUUGAAUUUGGCGAAUCAACCAUGGCAUACGAGAUAUGUGCCCGGGCCGUCGACCUCACUCGCAGGCUUUACGGCUCGAGUCAUCCAGUCUUACUAAGAAGUGUGGCAAAUCAGGCACAUUUACUCCGGCAGCAAGGAGAUUACUUGCAAGCGGAAGAGAUCUGCCUUCAGGCUCUGCAAGAUACCCAUAUUGGGUUUCAAACCAGGGAGUUAUACGUGGAGCUUGUUCGAUGUAAGAGCGAGUUAGGCAUGAGUCUUUGUCAUCAGUGCAAAUUCGAAGAGGCUGAGAGAGCUCUUGUGGGGGCGUUAGAGAUCUUAACGGACCACGUUGACGGGGGGAAAGGCCCCAUGACAGUACAAAUAAUGGGAAAUCGGGCGCUGAUACAGGAGAAGGGAGGGAGACUGGUCGAAGCCGAGAGCACUAUGAAGCAGGUUAGCAGAUCUUGCUCGAAUUCAACGCUCAGGGGUACAAGAGUUUGA